AUGCACGACCAAUCUCCGCCAAAGCGUGUAACUCGCGCCCGCGCGGCUGCUAAGACGACUGACACUGGUGUCAAGACAACCAAGAUCGCUACUGCCGCUUCGAAAGCAAAGGUGACCCGCAGCACAUCUAUAUCAAAGCGGAAGACUCGCGCCGACGAUGUUCAAGACGACAGACCCGAUAAGCUCAUAGAGGAAACCAUCGAGCCAGAAUUACCGAGGGCAACAAGAGGACGUGCCAAGAAGGCUGCCGUUGUCCAGCCUGAACCCGAAAUGCAAGAAGAGCCUCCAGCUCCAGCAAAGCCCACUAGGGGUCGCCCUAGGAAGGCUGCGGUUGAACCCCCAGCGCCUGAACCUACUAGAUCCCUUCGCGGACGCCCGAAGAAGGUCGAUGUUCCGGCGGAGACGGUGGUCGUCGCGGAAGAACCUGUGAAGAAGAAUACCCGCGGUCGAGCCGCUACAAUCUCCAAAGCACCGGCACCAAAGAAGUCUGUUAAAUUCGAAGAACCAGACAAGGAAAACGUGGUUCCUCCCGCGAACGUCAAUGGAAAACCCAAAGAAGUGGCCACGGGGCUCAAAGCCAAGCCGGUUCGAAAGCCUGCUGCAAAUGCCACAACGGCUCGAGCAACUCGCGGCCGGGCCAAGGUUGAGGAACAGAAAUCAUCGCCACUCAGCCCGAAGAAAGCGACUCAGGUUGCUACUGCGAAGGACAACAACUCGGAUGAUGAUGAGCUUGCCGCGGUUGAGAAGACCCCCAUGAAGCCAUUGACGAAGAGUCCAGUGAAGCCUCCAGGAAGCAUCUUUACCUCCACCUCCGCCAAAAGACUGGACUUCUCGACCUCCACCACGGUCAACAGUGCCGUGACCCAGGAGUUAAGUGGAUCAAUUCUAGCCAGCCCAGCUCGGCGACCGCCGUCGUCUCCAUUCAAGGAUUCGUUGAAGGCUUCGCCUGAGAGAGCUAACCUUGGAGACUCUAUGCUUCGCCCACCAUUCAAGCUAUCGCUCCCGCCACCACAACCUACGGAAUCAAGUGCCCCCUUAAAAGCUUCACUACUCCAGUCACCAGCCAGGCGUCCGCAAUCACCUAUGAAGGUGGCUGAGAAUGGCUCUCCAACUAGAUCUGGAAAUGAUAGCAUGCCCAGCGCAACACCAAGAGAAGCAACGUUCAAGAUCUCCAGAUUUGGAACACCGAGAACUCUUACAAAGAGUGCAGUUCGUCCAGGACGGAUGCUUCCUCCGAGUGCCUUGACAAACGCUUCAGCUGGAAGCCCAGCAAAAGCGGAAGAGCCCUCUGGGUCGGAUAUGCUGUCUGCACCGAGCUUGAAAUUCACUGGUCGUCUUUCCUCGAUCCUGCCACGUGACUCGGACCCGGCACUCUCACCUUCUGAGCCAGUUGUUGAGGAGAUCGAGAAACAGCCGAAAUCUACACAAGACGAUGAUCCUAUGGUAACGGAGGAAACAAUAACCGUGGCUGGAGGCCCUAUGGAAACUGAGAGCACAACCCCGAUAGCUUCUCCUCCGCGAAAUAGUACAGGAGCAUUCGAUCUUCGCGAAGCCGACGAGAAUCCUUUCUAUGAUUCUGACUCUGAGGAUGAACUUGCUCUAGGAUCUCCGAAAUUCUCACCCACCUCUCUUGGCGAAUUCAAGGUCUCUUCUCCCAACUUUACGUCUUCGCCGGCCACCCCCACACCCUUCACUACUAUUGACAAGACCCCGAGGACAGCCAAAUCUACUGUUCAACGGUCGGAGCGUAAAGCACAAAUUGGAUUCACUCCAUUGGCGAAACAGCUGAGCGAGUGGAUGUCUGCGAGUCCUGGGCAAUCUGCAAAGAGCGGUUCAAAGGCAUUGCCAACAACUAGUGAAACAAACAACGCCAUCCCUGCCGAUAUGGGAGCUGCUGUGCAGCCAUCCCCCGUCAAAAGCUCUUACUUUGAAGAUGAAAUGUCCGUCCGAGAUGAGAUGCAGAUAGCUGGUGAGGACCAGGAGCAAAUUAUUGACGAGAACGAUUUUGCCCCGGUUGAGCUUGACGAGGAAGACUUGGCUCUUGCUUUCGAAGCUGAUGAGAUGUCACUUCUUGACUCAAAUCAGCUUGACAAUAGCGAAGAUGCCGUGGACCAAUUGGCCAGCUACGAGCCGGAGAACAUCCAAAAUGUCGAUGAUAUCGUAGAUGAGUUCUUCAACUCCGAACCUGAGCACAAUCAAAAUGCCGAGAAUAUGGUGGAUGAGUUCAUCAACGCUGAGCCUGAUACUGAAAAUGUCCAGGAAAUGGCUGACAAGUUCACCCAUACUGAGACUGAGAAUGACGCUGAACUCAUCAACCAAUCCGAGGCAAAUGAGAGUGAGGAUGAUCGUGGGCCUGUCAACACCACCGACGAUGAACCCGCGCCUUCAGAGACCAGCCAGGAGUAUGGUGAUGAGAAUGCCAUGCCAAUUGAUCCAGUUCUUCUUGAACUUCCGUCCCAAGCACCGUCGACACCCAAGUUUGUUACCCCAAGACGAGUCCUAACGGAGCGGGUCCUCCAUACCGUCUCGAAGGUUCCACUCAAGGCUGAAGCAGAAGAUUCUCCGAUGAGGCCUUCAUCAAUGAAGCGCAGCGCCAGUAUCUCGAAGCUUCCAGUCCAGAGGCCUACAAACACACUCCCUCGAAGUAAUACAGUAAUCUCAUACUCGCCUUCAAAGAACGCUCGAUCUCAUUCUCCACGGAAAGAUGCCGACAUCCAAGGUGUUUUCGCUACUCCUUCAAAAGCUGACGCAGAUGUCUGGUCUACAAUUGGUACUCCGGCGCGUACGCCCCGCCGAGAUCUAAACCCUGCUCUGUUGAAAGGAGCAGUUGUUUUCGUUGAUGUUCACACAACCGAAGGUGCUGAUGCUUCUGGCCUCUUCGUGGAGCUACUGGUACAAAUGGGUGCUCGGUGCGUGAAGAGAUGGGACUGGAAUGGAAGUAAGGAAGAUGGAAGCAGGAUUGGCAUCACCCACGUAGUGUUCAAGGAUGGUGGUCGAAGAACACUUGAGAAAGUGAAAGAAACCGGUGGAGUGGUGACUUGUGUUGGGGUUGGAUGGGUACUUGACUGUGAGCGCGAAAAUACAUGGCUAGACGAAUCUGCGUACGCUGUGGAUACAGCUAUGGUUCCUCGCGGCGGUCAUCGCAGACGCAAGAGCAUGGAACCGCGUGCUCUCGCAAACCUAAAUGGGGCCCUCAUCCCCUCAACCACCACCACACCUGCCCGCAACACGACUUCCUCCCUCUCGCCAACAAAAGACUUCCUCGGCCUUCCCGAAACCCCGUUAACCUCUAAAUCUCGCCGUAGGGACUCUGUGCAAUGGGUCCGCUCACCCUCGUCUACAAACGACGAUGAAGAUCAAACACUCAUGCUCUCUCCGGUCCCUGCUACUCCCGCACCUGAAGCUAUAUCCUCAUACGGGGAGGAUGGACUCUAUGGCGAGGAGACGCCGGGCGGGCAGACACCUUAUUUCUUGCAUAAGGAACAACUUGUUCAAAAGACCGCGCCUCCUGUGAAGAGAUACUUUGAUUCUACGGAUGGUGGUAAUACGGGAAUUUUGGAUGUCAAGAAGGAUGAGAGUGUCAUGAUGCGGUUGAUGGCAGCGAGGAGGAAGAGCUUGCAAUGGGCACCGAAAGUGGGAAGUCCGCUCGCUAGGUCCGGGUGGUAA